UCCUUCAUCGAGCAAUAGUUCGGUAUAUCGCCCUGUACACAAUUAUAAUUCGUGAAUAACUAUUCAACAAUUAAAUACGAUUCUCAAAAUCAAAUCCUCAUAAAUCAUCUCGCCACUUCUUCUCUGAUUCAACCCAAAUUUUACAUCUAAUACCAAUUCGUUAUCUUAAAGGUUCCAAGUCAGAACCAAGAGAUAUCCGACGCUCGGAUUCUCGUAAAUCGAUAAUCGAAAUCCUAAAUUCCCAGAAAUUCAUAAUCAAUUAAAAACUUCUCCAAUUCCAACUAAAUUCACAUAUUCAACCUCUACAAAAAUUAUAGAAUUUAACUAGCUAAAAAAAAACAAAAUAUAAAUCACUGUUCAUACACCGCACUAUUCACCCGUCGUACUAUUCAUGCGGCGGCCAACUCCUCCUCCGGCCACCAAAUUUCAUCCACAGCAUCAUCUCAACAUUUCCAAUAACUUUCUCAACUGUGACAAAGUCAGAAAAUACCUUGAAGUAGCCGAACAAUUAAGCACUCCCAAGUACAGUGAAAUUUUCCAAUUAUGCUUUCUUCCUCCAUGCUUCGAUCUGGGUUAUGAAACUUGGCAAGCAUGAAGAGAGGCUCAAGGCGCUUCUAAUGGACCUGGGUUUAUGACCGGAGGUGGCCGGAAAUCGGCGUCGACCAAUUUGCUACAGUAAAAAAUGUUGGCUUCGAUCUCCACAUUUCCGGCCAAAUCGUCGUAAACAACUCCCACAUGCGUAAUAAGGAGGAGGAGACAAGUCUAUCGAUGCUCGCAGCUCGCCAUUUGGUGGCCUAGAGGUGGUGAAAGAGGAGGUUGCAGAAGAGAGAAAGAGAGAGUUGCAGAAGAGAGACUGAGAGAGCACGGGGGAAGGAGAGAAAAAAGAAAGAAAAGUUACCCGGCCACAGUAACUUUUCAAAUUUAUACCAAUCUACCAUAAACAGUAACUUUCAUAUUUCGCUUAUAACUUUCGCAUACGAACUCCGAUUUUUACGUACCACAUAUGCACACGCUCGGUUUAACGUACUCUACAACUUUCAUGAAGAACAUUUUCUCAAAUUUUGAUCCAAACAAAAAAAGUCAACUUUUAGGGCCCCCUAAAAGCAUUGAAACGACAGUAAAAGUUGUUUACCGUCCAAAUGACUAGUAAACCGGUGAAUUCGGGUUCGGGACGUCACAGUUUUGGAUGUCUACAUUGUGUGUCUUUCUCCAAGAAGGCUGUUUGUUUAUGAUUGGGAGAUAGAUGCAAUGGAUGAAGAAGUCGAUCACUCGCUAUACUUUGGGCAUUUCAUUGAAGAUCUCCCUUUGUCUUCACUUGAAGCAGAGGACCUGGACCCAGUUGGAAACAGGGCUGAUGGUGAUGCAGUUGCUGCUAUAUAUAGAAAAGGAUGGAGCCCUGAUGAGUUUGUUGCUGAAUGGUAUACACAACAGAAAUAUCUUGAGGCAUAUGAGGUGGUUUUAAAUCCCAUAGCUGGUGUUGCUGAAUGGGAAAGGAUAGAGAGGCCAGUUGCACCUCCACUGUAUAGGAGGCAACCGGGAAGGCCAAAAACCAAGAGGACCAAAGAACCAGGUGAGGAACCACCACCUGCUGGGACUGAAGUGCUACCGAAGAGCUACUAUUCUCAAAUUAAGUGUGGAAGAUGUGGGAAUAGAGGGCACAACAAGAGGACUUGUUUAAGAAGAAGCCAGGUUGUGAACCAAGAAGCUGACCCUCAAAUUGCAGAGGAUAAUGUUUCUGAGGAAGUUGCAGUUCCUAAUGUUCAACCACAGAUGGCUGAAGAAAACCCACCUCAACUCAACAUUCCAGAAAAUACAGAACUGCCAGAUGAAGGAUCAAAUUAUGAUAAUGCAGAGCAUGUGUUUUCUCAAGCAUCAUCAGUUCUGCAAAGCAUGGUGAAUGACAAUCAGAAUGUCAAUCUCAAUGUGAAUGUGAAUGUGACUGUUGAGCAAGGAGGUGAUGAUGGGAAUACUCUACUUCCUAAAAAAAAUGGCAAUGUGGUGCCGCCAGCUGCACAGACUGAACCAAGGAAUGAGAGAUCAACAGCCAUGCCUGGUAGCUCGGGAAAGAGAUUCAGGAGGAUUGCAGGGAGAAAGACACCUAGGAAAUCACCCAGACUUGCUUCAAAAUCUGUUUCUGCAUCUGCAUCGACAGUUGUUCCGGGUUCAAAACCCAAACUCCAAAUGGCCUUGUGGAAGCCCUAAAUGUAUCUUCUUAGGAACCAAGUUAUGGUAUAAUUGCCAGCUUAUACCCCCUGUUAUUGUGGCAUUUGUUAUCCUAUGUUAUGUUACAAAUGCCAUUGGGUUUUAUAGAGCUUUUGUGUAACAGGGGGUUUUUGGUUUGAACAAUUUGGCUGCCAUAAUGGUAAUGAUGUAGUUUGAACCAAUGUUAUCUAUCUUAAUUAAGUACUUUGACUUGGAUGGUUUUGUGUUGGUUUCGGUUUUCUGGUAUGGAUAUCCUUAUUUU